UAUAGGAAAACAACUUUAGUUAGGCUGUCUCUUUUCCCCUUCCUUUUUACACUCUCUUUCUAACCCUUUUAACACAUUCUGUUUCUCUCCUUUCCUUCUCUUUACAAAGCCACCCUACAAUCUAUACAUAACACAGCAUCUUUCUCAGUCCUAACCUGCAACCAAAGAGCAACUAAAUAGAAAACAGCAAGCUUACAUUAAUUUGUAGUGUAUGUUGUAAUGCAAUCUUGCAACCCCAUAUCCAACCUUAAAUAGCAACCCCAGGACAUAUGAUUACCUACAAAACGUCCAGCAUUAAGGAUCAAGACUGGCCCUGCCUUCUUCUCAUGGUCUGGCUGCAGCAAGAGGAUUACAGAUAAAUGCAUAUUGGAAGAAACUGGUCAUUUUUGCUUGUUUUUUAACUGAAACUCUGAAAACCACACCAAAAAAACUAGAUCUCCCAAAUCUCUCAUUUUUCACGUCAAACGUGGACAACGUCAUGCAAAGAAGAGUCUGGACUGGUAAAAAGGUAUACAGUCCCUCCACCUUGAAUGUUUUUUUUUGACAAGACCUCUAUAUAAGAUUUAAAGUGUUUAUUUUUUUGCACAGCUGGACUUUUUUCUUUUUAGCACAUAACCUAUUACAAGCAUAAAGUGAACACAUGCACAGCUUUCAAAGGCUGUUUUUUUUCUACAAAAGGUUACAAAUUAACAGCAAAUGCAUGAGGUUUAUUUUAUUUACUUAUUAUUAAGGGCAAAGGACGCUGAAUUGCAAAAUGUUUUAGUGCAGAAAGAUAAGAAUGCUGAAAGCUGUUUUUCUUCUCUAUACUGCUGCAAAAAUCUAGACUAGUCUGCAAAAUAUGCUUGUACGACUUCUUACAAAAACCUUAGUGUUAAAGCUUGCUUUUUUUUUUUUUUUUUUUGCUUGAGGGAGAAAAGUUGUACUAGGGCUGUAUUUGUUUUUUUUUUGCAAGAAUGGCAAUUAAAUAAAAAUGCAAUUAAAAGCAGUGCCAUUAACUCACUGUACUGUGCAAUGUAGUAUAAUGUAGCUAUAUUCGAAAAGCCUAUUCAUUUCCUUUUCACAGCUGUUAGCAAAACUAAAGGUAUGAAAAUAGUCUGCAAAAGUUGCACGUGUGCUUUUUUUCAUAUAUAUGAAGUAAAUAGCCUUAUCUGUGGCGUUUUUAACACAUUGCCAAGCCUGAAUGUCAGAAUGCAGUUACUGUAUUGAAAUUUUUUUUUAAGCUGCUGCCUAUAUAAUUACUUUUUUUUCAUUUUUCUUCAAUGUUAUUGACUAUGCAUUCUUACAACUGAAAUAUAAUUUAGCUUUAUUUUUUUACUUAAUCUGCCACUGUGAAUCAACUGGCCUUGUUUUAGGGUUCCAAAUUAUUUUGUGGUGCAAACACUCAGGUUGAAUAUAUAUGUUUGGUGCUUUUUAUUUUUGAUUGUAGCAAAACCCCAUAAACCACACAGGCCAUAAAUGUUUAUUUGUGACUGGAGAUUUUCCUUACAUUUUGCACAUAUUAAUAUAAAUAUUUUAUAAGCUGAAUUUUAUUUUAAUUUUGCAAGCUUUCCUGCCUUACUUGCCUAUAAUUGUUAAGUUUCUGCAGUCUAUUGCAGAACCAUUUUCAGAAUCCAAAAUAGAAAUUUACUGGUUUAAAAAACCCAGAUUCUCAUUUUUUUUGUAAUCAAUGGGAUAACUACGUUGCAAAUUUAAAGAAAAUACUAAUACUAGAAAAACUAUCCUAAAUUAGAGUUACUAACUUUCCCAGAUAUAUAUUAAAAUUAUUUUUGAUUUAUUUCCUUUAUGAUUUAGGUAAUUAAAUAAAUGACCCAGUUUCGAUAAGCUGCAAAUAUUUUGAAUUUACUUGUUUACAUUUAUAUAUUUGUGCCUUUCAUUAGAUCUAGUCUUAGGGAAAAAAAUUAUAUUUAUGGAAAUUGGCUGCUAAUAAUUUUCAAGAAAUAGUAAGAUUUGGUACAAAGACCUUUUUAAGGUAUAUAUAUUUCUUUAGUUCUGUAAUUAAAACUACAUUACAAUUGUUACCAAAGGUGAUCAAUUAGUGGACUUUUUCAGAAUUUAUACUUUUGAGAAAACAAAAUCAAAAUGAUGUAAUUGAAGUUGUUCUGCAACCCGGUACUACACACACAAUUGCUUUUACCCUCUUGAUAAACUGUGCAUUAAUUUUUGAAUAGAAGAUACAUUUUUGUGAUCUAUGACUUAAGUGACAAACGGGGUGAACUUACAACUGUUUUUUUUUAUUCACUGGAAAAAGGUGCAUCAAUCCUCAAGGGAGGAACAUUUUUUGUGACACUGAAUUUAUUUAGGCACUUUAAAUCAUAAUUUUUCUUGAUGGGAGAUCCUGAUUAAUAAUGAUAUUACUAUAUCAGAAGUAAUCUCUUUGAACAGUGGACAAUAUAGAGUAAAAUGCAUUUGGGAGGUGAGAAAACUCAUUAAUCCCUUAUCCUGUUAUGGGAUUUUGUUCUGAAAAGUGCUAUUUUUAAAGAAAAUAUAUCAAGAUACAACUGCAUAUUUUUAGUAUACAAGAUAAAAAUAGAACUAUAUAUUCCAACUGAAGUCUUGGAGUUAUUUUGUUUUCAGAAAAGAAAAAAAAAUUGCAUUUUUUUGGGAUUCCAGGACGUGAUUAUUUUUAUGUUCAUGGGGAAAAAAUACAUUAAUCUACUGGUUUGUAGGUUAGGAAAGAACUGAUCCAGAUAUCCUCACAAUUUGCAAGUGAUGGAGGAUGUAAAAAAAUGUGGGUAUCUGCGCAAGCAGAAAUCCAUGAGGAGGAGGUUUUUUGUUCUUCGUAAUUCUGGGCCCCGAGGUCCAGCAAGAAUUGAAUACUAUGAGAAUGAGAAGAAAUUCCGAACUGCUGAGCGCAUUGGUGGUUCACGCGGGAUGCUUAACCUGGAAGAAGUUUUCGGUGUGAACAAAAGGGCGGAUGCCAAAAGGAGAUUUCUAUUGGUGCUGUAUACACGCGAUGGAGGACUUGCCGUUUCAGCUGAGGGAGAGGAUGAGCAGGAGGAGUGGUACCAGGCAAUACUGGAGCUGCAGGUUCAAGCACGCUCGCUCUCCUUACCGGAUGCUUCUAAUUUGCCAGGGCCAGCCUUUAAAGAGGUCUGGCAGGUAAGUCUGCGUCCUCGGGGCCUUGGACAGACCCGUAAUCUAUCUGGAAUAUACCGGCUAUGCCUAGCUGAACGUACUUUGAGCCUUCUUCGCCUGCGAUCAGACUCCCCUUCAGUUACGCUCCAGCUUAUGAAUGUUCGACGAUGUGGACACUCUGACAAUUACUUCUUUGUGGAGGUGGGACGUUCGGCCGUCACUGGGCCUGGCGAACUUUGGAUGCAGGUAGAGGACUCUGUGGUUGCACAAAACAUGCAUGAAACUAUCUUGGAAGCCAUGAAAUCCCUUAGUGAAGAAUUUCGUCCACGGACCAAAAGCCAGUCCCUUUCCUCCACCCCAAUUACAGUCCCAUCUCGACGUCAUCAUCCUAACCUUCCUCCUCCUAGUCAGGUUGGUUUCUCACGUCGUUCAAGAGGUGAGGUUGCAACUGACAGUUCUCCAGCUCCCAAAUCCAGCUUGCUUCACAGUGAGCAGGGCCCCCUCACACCUGAGGUAGAUGAGGAAGAAAAGCGUCUUCAAGCUGAAUCAAACCAUCCCCUGGCAGACUAUGGUUCAGCUUCAUCUGAUGAAUAUGGCUCCAGUACCAGCCUCUUUGAGCCCCCUGCCUCGCCACCUCCCUCACCUGGGGCUGGUGAAACAAAUUACAUCUCUAUGAUACAACGUGGAAAAGGAUUUCAAGUAAUGGAUCACACUACAGCUAUCAUUGGAUCCACAGAAGAAGUAAGAAGACUGCCACAAUUUCUGAAUGAAGAGAACUAUGCUAUGAUGGGUCGCUGUGAACCAAGGCAGGAAACUGGUUACAUGCCCAUGCUUCCUGGCAGUAGGUCACAAGAUUACAUGCCAAUGACACCUAACAGUAUUUCACCACCGGUCCCAUCAGAAAUUGCAGGUUAUGUUAUGAUGUCACCAUUAGGUAGUUGCUCUCCAGAACCAGAAAGGGUAAGUUGGCCUCCAUCUGGAGAGAUUUCAGCAGGCAGUGCUGACAGUCAGACCUCUGACUAUAUGAACAUGUGGCCACUUAGCCGUUCAGCCUCCAGUACACCACCACUGGAUGCUUGCUUGUUUUCUGGUGGUGCACCCUCUCAAGUUCCUGUCUCGUACCGCUCACUGCCUCGAUCAUAUAAAUUGGACCCAGUGCCAACAACCCGAACAUCUUGUUCAUCGUCUUCUGACAGCUUGGAGGAAGGAAGGGUUGGAAGGAACCGGAGGCCUUUGAGUGUUUCAGUGGACAAUUGGAGGGCAAGUACUUGCCCUAGAAACUACCGAAGGCCACCCAGUCCUGGAGAGUAUGUCAGUAUCCGUUUCAGAGCUCCGCCGCAGAAGACCAAGGAGAAGGAAGACAUUCCCCCUCAAGAAUAUAUUGCCAUGGAGAUACAGUCUCCCUCUAUUCCCAAUGGAGAAUAUACUGAGAUGUUUAUUGGACCUGCUACAUGUGUGGAACCUCAAAUUAAACUGACCUCAGUGCCUAUCCCAGAAAAGACUUUAGGGAUUACACCGAAGACAGAAAGUGCUUUGAGGCCUACAGCUGAGACGUUUUGGACCGUAGUUUCUCCAGAAGUAAUGUUGGGUUCUAAUGUCAAGUUGCCUUCAGGGUCCUCCACAGAGAAGGCUUUAGGGCCUCUAGAAAAGGCAUUAGGAACAAAUGCUGUGGUGGAAGAUACAGACAUGAGGUCCAUAGUUUCUGCAGUAACUGGAUGUAGCUUGCAUGUGGGACAGGAUCGUACUAAGCUAAUGAAGGUUGACCCUUCUAUCCGCAUGAGACAUUGCUCUGAUACCUUCCGCCAAACUCCAGCUUCCUCCUGUAACGGAAAUCGCACACCUGCUGUGGAACCUGGACUAAAUUACAUAGAUCUGGAUCUGGCAAAGGAUGGAGUUCACACUAAUGCAGUAUCUGCAAUGCCAACAUUGGUUCAACCAGCGAAGCCUAGCCAACUGGGAAACACAUCCUGCAUCAACACAUAUGCCAGCAUUGACUUUCAAAUGUCGGGGGAGCUAAGAAGGGGCAGCAGAGAUGGUACAGAAAGGCAGGGAACGUGCCUCAAAGAUAUAGCAAAAUCUGCCUUUCUAGAAUCUUGUAAGUGAUCUCACAGUGCUGGAUGACCCAUUUAGGUAAUCCCAGGUGAGCAGAGAGCUUUAGA